AUAUUUCUUUGCCCGGAGGCACCGGCAAUCCGCUCUCCUUUAUUACCGGCCUUUUGACUCAUCUUCAACGCGCACUUUCUCUUCUUUUCUUCUUCCCCAAUCUCUCUCUCUCUGUCUCUGCAAUCCCUUCUCGUUUCCCCUCAAAAGGCAAGCACUCCUUAACAGGCAACAAUCCAUUCCAAGAAAAAGCCAGAGAAGAUUCUCAAAAGAAGAAUGACAAAACCCUAGAAAUCCAUCUCUCUCUCUCUCUCUCUCUCUCAAAAUCCCAAACCCUAACCCUGAAUUCCUAGAAUCAAAACCCUCAACCCAAUGUCACAGCUAAAAUCAAUCUCCCAUCUCGACAACAUCCCAUCGACUCCCGGAAAAUUCAAGAUGGAGAAAUCGCCCUACAUUCACCGCCUACGCUUCCAUUCAUCCCUCACGAAGCUCGCAUUCUGGUCCUUCACCUUCCUCGCCAUCCUCCUCUUCUUCUUUGUCGGAUCGCCCUCUUCGUCCCCUCCCUCCGCGGACCCCUCCCGCCGCUCCCUCCGCACCUCCGUAUGGGGUGGCCCCGCCUGGGAGAAGCGCGUCCGUUCCUCGGCCCGUGUCCGCAACCGAAAUGGCGUCUCUGUCCUCGUCACCGGCGCUGCUGGCUUCGUCGGCACCCACGUUUCUGUCGCCCUCAAGCAACGUGGCGACGGCGUCCUCGGCCUAGACAAUUUCAACGACUACUACGACCCGGCCCUCAAGCGGGCCCGCCAGGCCCUCCUCGAGCGCUCUGGUGUCUUUGUCGUCGAGGGCGACAUCAACGACGCCGCCCUCCUUCGCAAGCUCUUCGAUGUGGUUGCCUUCACCCACGUCAUGCACCUCGCUGCCCAGGCCGGCGUCCGCUACGCCAUGCAGAACCCCAGUUCCUAUGUCCACAGCAACAUCGCUGGCCUUGUUAGCAUCCUCGAAGUCUGCAAGUCUGCCAACCCACAGCCCGCUAUCGUCUGGGCGUCGUCCAGUUCUGUCUAUGGAUUGAAUUCGAAAGUGCCCUUCUCAGAGCGCGACCGCACUGAUCAGCCCGCGAGUCUCUAUGCUGCUACAAAGAAGGCUGGUGAAGAGAUUGUUCACACGUACAAUCACAUCUAUGGCCUGUCGAUUACUGGGUUGCGGUUCUUUACUGUGUACGGCCCGUGGGGCCGCCCUGAUAUGGCAUAUUUCUUCUUCACCAAAGAUAUAUUGAAAGGGAAGCGCAUUCAGAUCUUUGAAGGGCCCAAUCAUGGGACAGUCGCAAGGGAUUUCACCUACAUUGAUGAUAUUGUGAAAGGGUGUUUGGCGUCGUUGGAUACAGCAAAGAAGAGCACAGGGAAUGGUGGGAAGAAGAAGGGUCCUGCGCAGCUGCGGGUGUUCAAUUUGGGGAACACAUCGCCGGUGCCCGUCACGGAGCUUGUCAGUAUAUUGGAGAGGCUGUUGAAGGUGAAGGCGAAUAAGGUGAUGCUGAAGAUGCCGAGGAAUGGGGAUGUGCAGUUCACACAUGCUAACAUAAGCCUGGCACAGAGGGAGCUCGGGUACAAGCCUACAACGGAUCUGCAGACGGGGCUGAAGAAAUUUGUCAAGUGGUAUCUUGGAUACUACUCAAAAUCGGGGAAGAGGAGCACAGGGUGAAUUGUCGUCACCAUCUUGCAUAGUUGGUAGAAUUGUUCGAAUUCUUCUUUCAUUUUAAUUCUUACAUUUUUUUCUUGUUUCUCUUUGUGUUUUCUUUUCUUUUAUAUUUCUAUAUUGACAUAUAAGGAGGAAUUUCGCAUCCUACAAGAAUCAUGUUUUUUCAUCAAUGGCUUUGUUUGAGGGACAUACCUUGAUCUGUAUUGGAAAAAAGCUGGAAGCAUCUCUCUGUUUUUUUUUUCCCAUCUACUGUUUCUUUCACUUUGUUUGUAGCAGUGUUAUUUGUAGCAUUGUAAAAUCUGUGGACGACAGUUAUGAGCAUGUGCUGAUUGAUGAAGACUAUGAUUGUGAUAAGAUUCCAAUAAAACAGUGCUUGCUACUUCGGGUUCUUAA